GGUAUCCCCUCCCCUCACCUCCAGCAUCUGUUUGUUCACGAUGCUUUGUUCUUUCUGAAUCCUUCUCUCAGUAUCUGCCUCCAAGGUUCUCUCUCUCCCUUUACAGAGGGGGCUCCUUUUAUCCUCUCCUUCCCCUUGAACCCCUUCUUCAUCUUCGCCUGCCUACUCUCAAAAGAAGUCAUUCCUUCUUAAAGUCCAAUUCCUUCAAGAGCAACCUCUCUUUCAGAAGUUCCAACUCUGAGCACUCUAUCAACUUGACCUCCACGAUGCUCCUCUCUCUCUCCCUCCUUACCUUUGGCCUCUGCGCCUCUGCAGCAGUCGUCCCCCGCCAGACAACACCAUGCUCCUUCUCCAUGACCGCUGUCGGUCCUCCCAACGGCACCAUCGUGGAAGACACGAUCGGCGAGAAUCGCAUCGGCGGCACCUAUCCCCAAGGCGUCUACACCAUCUCUGCUCACAAUUUGACCGAUUCACUGGGUCACAAGUGUCUCAUCUACCCCUCAACUUCUCAAUUCCAAUGCACUCAGGGCACAAAUGGAGCGUCGAACUUCUCCCUCGCCGAUGAUGGAUCGCUGUUGUUUGACGGGAAAGCACAGUGGUGGGCUUGCCCUGCUACAGGCCCGGGCAACGAUGGAAGUUUUAACAUCUUCGCUGAUACGAAGGCUGAUACUACGGGUUGUCAAGCCGUUACUUUGAAGACUGGCGGAUUCUCCUGCGCAGCUCUUGGGUCAAGUACAAGCACAAGCGCAACUGCAACCAGCAGCUCAAGUCCCGCUCCCUCGAGCACCACCACCUCUUCAGUCUCAUGCCCAACGGACAUCUCCUCAGGGACCUUCCAAUUCCCGCAUUUGAUUAUCCCCACCUCCCCCAAAGCGCCCAACCACACCUUCGGCAACACCUACCAAGCCAGCAUCUCCCCUAUUAACACGACGCUCUUCAACUUCGACAUUCCCUCCACCGCGCCCUACGCAGUCGGCUCCAGCUGCGCGCUGCUCUUUCUCUUCCCCUACGCAUCCUCGCUCGCACCGUCCGCUGGGAAGUACUAUUUCUCGGGCGUGGAAGAAGAGGAGGGCGAGCACGGCGGACUGGAUUUCGCGCUCCUGCAAGGCAUCGCAACGUCAGCGACGACGUACGCAACGACACCCGGCGUGGCGCAGGAUUAUGGCAAGACGGAGAUUUUGCCGGGCAAUAAUUAUACGGUGGCGGUGUUUCCCUGUCAGAGCGGGAAGACGGUCACGUAUUCGGCGAGCAGCGUAGGGAAUGUGGAGUUGGAUUAUUUCCAAAAUAGUGCGCCGAGCCCAAUUGGGUUGUAUGUGGUACCAUGUGCGUGAUGAGGGAAGGUCUGGGUUGGGAUAUGAUGGGAUGGGAUUUGGACGGGGAAAGGAGGCUUUCCAUUUGGCCAAAAUGGACAUUUGGGCGUUGGGGCUUCUUGCAUGCGAAAAACAUCAUUUUGCUGCCUACGAUACAUAGAAGAU